AUGGCUGAUAUAGUAUUUGUAUCGACAUCAUUAUACCUGGGAAAUAAACCUAAUUGGAAAUCAACCACAUCUAGGCCAGGAUACACUCCAAUUUUGAAGAAAGAUCUCUAUAAGUUCGAACAGUCAUUACUGACAGUUACCCAUGGCUCUGCACACCAUACUGUGAAACAUAAUAUCUCCGAGAAUACCAGCAAUUCAAAUGAUGUUAAUGAAACUCAAAAGAGUAUCAAAGACGAGAAAUUUCAAGAUUUACGGUUGUUCUUGCCUAUAUCUUUGUCUCAACAACUUCAUACAGUAGCGAUACAUAAUCUGCCUGAUAAUCCUCUCAAAACUUCAAGUUUUAUUAGCUGGCUGGAACGGUUUACCAUCUCUAAGUUCCCCAAUCCGUUCGGGCAAGAAGUCCGUUCAACAGGUCAUGAUGUAAUAGAAAGUUGGUCUCAUGUACGAGCUUCAACUCUCGAGAAUACCCAAAAUCUGUUUCUACGUCUCGUUCAAGCACCGAAAUAUCCGCAGAUUGUGAUGUAUUGGAUUGAGUUAUUUGCAGCAGGGUCAGAUUCAAACAUAUCGAUUCAUGUUGAUCAAAAUACGGAACAAUAUGCCAGGGACUCGGCGGUGAAUUACAAGAGUGAAGUAACGAAGGAAGAUAUAGAGGCUCUAGAUACUGCGGUAAACAGCUUGAGGAUGCAGCCUUCAGAAAAUACAUCGGACUUGGGUGCGAUGAUAGCUUACGACGUUGACAUGAGUACAUUGAGUGAUCUGCCGAGAGACUCUGAGAAACAACUCGUUAAAGACAUAGUAGAAUUUAGGACCCGUGUGCUUACUAUGGAAAAGGAAAAGCGUAAUAAGGAAUCACUAGAAGAAGGUAAGCGUAGCCGUGCCCAGUUGAAGCGCGUAUUAGAACAAAUUCGUAAAAUCAAGGGAUCUGAGGCAGCAGGUAAUAUAGAAGACGAUGAGGAAUACGAUGAUGAUGAAGAUGAGGAAGAUGAGAUUCAACAGGAUGACCUGGAAUUGGAAAAGCGGAAGCAGGAUAAAGUAAAAGAAAUUGCUUUACAAGAAUUCGAAUCUGUAUUGGCUCAUCUGAAUACAGUUCUGAUACCUCAAUUACGAAAGAAGGAACAAGAGCUUAGAAUGCUCGAAGAAUAUGAAGCAAAACUACUGCGUGAAAGACCUCUAUACUUAAAAGAGUUGCUGCAUUUGGCCAAUAGUGAAUAUUACGAUCAUGAUAGAGCAUUCAAGGAAAAAGAAGAGCAAUUGGACGAGGAGAAUAGAAAGGCCAAUUAUUCAAGUAAUUUACCUUCUUCUUCUGCUGAAAAACAACAUAUAGCUACCUACUUACGUUCCGAGGAGCAUUCCACAACCAAACUGGACGCAGAAGUACCCUCAGAUAGGAAUAAAGAACCGACAGCAAGGGAACGUAAGAUCAAACUUGCACUCAAAAAGGUCUUCGAUUCCCGCGCUCAAGAAGCAGACAGCGAUACUGAAAACGAAAAUUCGGUUAGUCCACCCGCUCUUCGUGCACACCUAGACACCUCGGAAGCAUCAUCUACAAAUGUGGACCUUCUUCCAUAUGAAGGCAAAGAACUUGACGCUAAGUUGUCCUAUCUCCGCCAAUCUCGUCUCGUUGAUGAGCUCGUUAAAGAAUAUUUAGGAGUUUACGAAGCUGAGCUUGUAGAUUACAUUGUUGAUAACAUAAAAGAACAUCACAGUCGUUCUAGCCUCUUACAAGAGCUUCAGGAAACAUUUGACGAAGAUAGCAAUCGGAUCGUUGAUAUUAUAUGGAAAGCGCUGCUGAACUAA